ACGCAGGACUCCGCCAUCUUCACAGUGAAAAAAAAAAAAAAAAAAAAAAAAAAAAAAAAAUACCCAGCAGGUCUUGUUUUAUUUGGAAGGAGGUGGCAGUCAGAGUUCUCCCAGUGUCAGACAAGGGGAGCAAGUGCAAAGAGUUACACAGGCUAAAAGUCAUUGGCAUUCCACGCACUAGUAGAGCCAGCAGUACUAAGAGAAAAGAAGGUGUCCAUCGCAUGGCACACGCAACUGCGAAUGGACACUGGAUUUUGUGUGCAGAAACAAAAGUGCAUUUUGCCUGCCAAAACACCAAGUCCACAAUUUGGGUGAAGAAAGGUACCCUGCGUACCCCAGCUCUCAAGCUCCAGGCAUUGCCUUUUUUUUUUCCUUUUUUUUCUUUUUUUUUUUUGAAAAAGGUAUAAGAGUGCGGUAGUCUACUGUCAGUCACAGGCAAUUGCGAAAAGGUAUAUUUUUGCGCUUUUGUACCUGGCUAGAUUUACUGGUAAAGCCUUUUGCCAGGUGGUGUGACAUUGAACGUUUUUUUUUGGAGGAAAAAGACAGUUUUCUUCACAAUUUCCAGUUCUGUUCAACAAGGAAAGACUACUGUACUUAUAAGUCACUGCCUGACACAAAGACAGUUUUCAGCUUUGAUCCAGGGACCUCUACACAAUCUGAUUGCUCUGGGUUGUAGUCCAAAUAGUGGAGCAGUGCCAGUGUUGGGGAAGUCGCAGGAAAAGUUACUGAAGGAAAAAAAAAAAAAGAAGAAACGGGGGGAAAACCAUCCGAUCCUUCAGAGUACGAGUCUCCGGGCGAUGCCAAUGUAAAUGCCAGGGCAAUGUCCCGUCGCAAGCAGGGAAAUCCACAGCACUUGUCACAACGAGAAAUAAUUACAUCUGAAGCUGACCAUGUGGAAGCAAGGAUCAACGAUGCUGAAGCUCAUACCGCAAUGGACCCAAGUCCCGUUGGUACCGGUGGUGGGGUGGGAGACCAUGACCUCCUGACCUGCGGACAGUGCCAGAUGAAUUUCCCUCUGGGGCACAUCUUGGUUUUUAUUGAGCACAAAAAAAAGCAGUGUAAUGGCCUCAUAAGUGGGCCAGGCUGUUAUGAGAAGAGCUUGGACAGGGGCAGCCCCUCACCCCAACGCACUGAGCUCAGGAAAGUGGUGGAACCAGUAGAAAUCGGCAUCCAGGUCACACCUGAGGAGGAGGACGAAAGACUGCUGACUCCCACAAAAGGAAUUUGCCCCAAGCAAGAAAACAUCACAGCAGGUAGAGAUGAACCUUCAAGCUAUAUUUGCACAACUUGCAAGCAGCCCUUUAACAGCGCCUGGUUCCUUCUCCAGCAUGCUCAGAACACACAUGGAAUUCGCAUCUACCUGGAGACAAAUCCCUCCAGCAGUUCCUUGACUCCAAGGAUCACCAUUCCUCCACCAAUGGGAUCUGAACCUGUACCCAAUUCCCCUCUAACCAGUUUCCUUGGAGAGAGCAACCCCUUCCAUCUACUUCGAAUGACUGGACCUGUGCUUCGAGAGCCGCCAAGCUUUCUGGAAAGCCGUCUUCCGAACACUCCCCCUUUUAUCAGCCCUCCACCCCGCCAUCAUUUGGACCCACACCGCCUGGAACACCUUAGUGCCGAGGAAAUGGGCUUGAUCUCCCAACAUCCCAGUGCCUUCGAAAGAGUUAUGCGCCUGACACCAAUGGCAAUAGAGUCCCAGUCGAUGGAUUUUUCCAGACGACUCAGAGAACUUGCAGGAAACAGCAGUUCCACCCCACCCCUUUCGCCAAGCCGCACUAACCCUAUGCACCGCCUACUCAACCCAUUCCAACCUAGCCCGAAAUCACCUUUCAUGAGCACCCCUCCACUGCCACCAAUGGCCCCUAACCAUACCACAUCUCCUCAGCCCCAGUUAAAAAGUAAGUCCUGUGAAUUCUGUGGAAAGACUUUCAAGUUUCAGAGUAACCUUGUUGUACACCGGCGAAGUCACACAGGAGAAAAGCCCUACAAGUGCCAGCUUUGUGACCAUGCCUGCUCCCAAGCCAGCAAACUCAAGAGACACAUGAAGACGCACAUGCAUAAGUCUGGCUCAAUGACAGGAAGGUCUGAUGAUGGACUCUCUACCACUAGUUCUCCUGAGCCCGGCACCAGUGAAAUCACUGGUGAGGGGAUCAAACACAGAGAGUUCAGAAAUGAAAGUGAAGCUUCCAUGGGGCAGGACAAUGAGGAGGAAGAGGAGGAGGAGGAAGAAGAAGAGCUGGAAAAUGAGAGCAGACCUGAGUCAAACUAUAGCAUGGACUCUGAGUUCUAUCGCAAUAGGGAAAAUGGCUCUAAGCCCCCACCAGAUGAAAAGUCCUUUUCUCUAGGCAAGAUCGUAGAAAAUGUGAGUUUAAGCACUAUACAACAGUACAAUGACUUGUUAGAAGACAAUCGUAAAAGAGGCCCCUUCUCCAAAAGGUGUUCUGAUGACCAGCUAAACACAGGGGAUUCAAACUCAGUGGCAGGGGAGAUACACCAUGUGGAAGAAAGGACUGUGAAUGGUAGAAACUUUGGAUCAGGUGACUCUUUCUCAGGUCUGUUUCCUCGAAAGCCCACCCCUAUCACAAGCCCCAGCUUGUCCAACUCAUCAGCGAAGAGAAUAAAGAUAGAGAAGGACCUGGAAUUGCCACCAGCGCCUCUGAUCCCCUCAGAGAACGUAUACUCCCAGUGGCUGGUAGGUUAUGCAGCUUCAAGGCACUUCAUUAAGGACCCUUUCCUUGGAUUCACAGAUUCCAGACAAUCUCCCUUCGCCACAUCAUCCGAGCACUCGUCAGAGAAUGGCAGUCUGCGUUUCUCUACACCACCUGGAGACAUGCUAGAUGGGGGUCUCUCAGGGCGCAGCGGGACAGCGAGUGGUGGCAGCACCCCUCAUCUGGGAGGUGGGUCCAGACCAGGCAGACCCAGCUCCAAGGAGAGCCGGAGGAGCGAUACCUGCGAGUACUGCGGCAAGAUCUUCAAGAACUGCAGCAACCUGACAGUCCAUCGACGCAGUCACACGGGAGAGCGACCCUACAAGUGUGAUCUGUGUAACUACGCCUGUGCCCAGAGUAGCAAGCUAACCCGCCACAUGAAGACGCACGGCCAGCUUGGACUUCCCAUGAUGUGUAGUUGAACAUUCUAAGGAGUAGCAACUUUAUCACAUAACGAAUGCACAGCAGAAUUUGAGUUUUGAAAAAAAAAAAGCUAUUGUCAGUAAGCACCGUCUUGCCUAGUGCACCACACUGCAUUAUUUUAAAUAAUGCGCUUUCCCAAUCCAGUCAACUUUUUGAAUUGAUGAUCAUUUACAAAAUAAUUGAAAUAAAUUGUUUCUAUUAAGUUGACCUGCACUUUAUAAUUUGUUAUUACAACAACGGCUUCUGAACAAGAAAUUACAUUUAAUAUAUCUAUUUGGCCUUGUAAAAGGGUCAAAGUACAAGGGAGCAUCUGAGAUUCAAGUGUCAGUGUUGCUAAGCAUGGCAUUCACAAUACUGGCACUAUAAAAUUUAAAAUUAAUUUAUUGGAACAGUUUUUGUGCUGCCUUUCAAUUUGAUGUGAGUGUGCCUUGAAUACUGAUCUUCCUAUCUGAUGUCUUGAUACUUUUGUGACGCAAAAGGAUUGAGAAAAAAAAAAAUCAAUUAGGUGACAUAAUCCUAGUUUUCAUGAAUCAGAAUAUCAGGCAAGAUAUGAUAAAAGAAAAAAAAAGAUAAAUUUACAAAUAAGUAGAAGUACCCAGCGCAACUUUUCUCUCUCUCUCUCUCUCUCUCUCUACAUCUCUGUAUAUCUAUAUACACAUACACACACACACACACACACACACACACACACAUAUAUAUAUAUAUAAUCUUCACUUCAGGACAAGACUGCAUCCCUCAGUAGAAAACGCCGGAGUGAAUUGUAAUACCACAGAUAGUCAAGGAAGAGACUGGACAAAAAUCAGGAACAACAGAAACUUAAAAAAAAAAGAAUUUAGUGCACUCUCUAAAAAUACGUUUACAGUAUUGAAACAAGUACAAGGUUAAAAAAAAACAAAAACGUCUGUAUAUGUGUGUUUUAAAUGAUCAAGUAUUUUUUUUCUGAGUUUGCUUAUAAAGUUUCUCUGAAUGCCAUAGUGGCAAUGUGUAUCUUGUUUUUUUGGUGACGGGGUUUUAGUAAAUAUAUAUAAAUAAAUAUUACAAUUUUUCUUGUUUACUGUAAAAGUAUACCAGUAUUUGUAAUAUUGGAGAAUGCCUGGGCAUUUUACAAAAACAGGAAGAAAGAAAAAAAAAAACAAAAAACAAAAAAAAACAAAACUUUUUUAUUUUUUAUUUUCCAGUCAAAUUUAAAUGGUGGGUCUAUUAAAAUGUUUUUUGUCACUGUAACAGUAGUCUUGAGUUUUAGUAAAACUUUUAUUCUGCCUUGGGUGUAAAAAAAAAUCCAGAAUUGUAAACAAAAUG